UAUUAUUCUUCGAACCACCCAAUCUUUGGUACAUCUGCAACAGCAGGCCACUGGUUACCUGAACCCGAACUCUUUCACCUGCAACUCCCUCCCUGUCUCCUCGGCCAUCCAGGAAAAACCAUAACCAGCAGAAGCAGCGACACCUCCAAAACAAAUAACAAUCCACCUAGAAAUAUACAGCCUUUUUUGACGUACAGAGAGAAAGAAGCAUAAAAGAAAUCCAUGGAACCCAGCAACCUCAACAAAGAACAAGACCAGAACUCGUGGGCCCUUAAUGCUUGGACCCUUCUCUCCAAACUCCGUGACCAAUCUCCACUCAUACAGUGCAUCACCAAUUUUGUUUCAAUGGACCUUAUGGCCAACACUCUCUUAUCUGCUGGUGCAUCACCGGCCAUGAUACACUCUAUAGAAGAAAUUCAAGACUUCACUCCCCAUAUCCACGCGCUUUGUAUUAACGUGGGUACACUAUCUCCUGCCUGGUUACCGGCCAUGAGGGAAGCUGCUCUGGUAGCUGAUAAAGCAGGGAAGCCUUGGAUUCUUGACCCUGUUGCUGCCGGAGCUUCUCGUUUCCGGUUGAAGGCUUGUUUGGAGCUUGUUGGGUUGAAGCCCAGUGUUAUUAGAGGAAAUGGGUCCGAGAUUAUUGCUCUUUCUAAGGCUUCUUUAGGAGCCACUAAGGGUGUAGAUAGCUCUCAUGAGUCGAUGGAUGCAAUGGAAGCAGCAAAGUCCUUGGCUCAGUCAAGUGGGGCCAUAGUUGCUGUCUCAGGCGCUGUUGAUAUCAUUACAGAUGGCCACCGAGUUGUUGGUGUUCAUAAUGGAGUCUCCAUGAUGCAAAAGAUCACAGCAACAGGAUGUGCUGUCACUGCCCUUAUUGCUGCAUUCGUUGCUGUCGAUCCAUUGCAUGCUUUGGAAGCAACAGCUUCAGCAUUGUCCAUAUUUGGCAUUGCUGGGGAGAUGGGAAUGGACAUGGCCAAAGGUCCUGCUUCAUUGAGAAUGCACUUGAUCGAUUCCCUGUAUAAUCUUGAUCAAGCUGCUGUAUCUUCUCGCUUAAAGGUUUCCAGUCUAUGAUGACACUGGAGGAGCUCUAUAAAGAUGGUAUGUCAAACAAUAAAACAAUCUAUUUGAGAUUUUGAGCUGUAUUAGUGCUCAUAGAUUAGUGAUACAAUAACUGGCCGACCUUUACAACUUUAACCGCAAUAAAUGUUUUGUAUCAGGCAAUGAUCUGGUAACUGAUUCACAGUUUUUUAGAAAAAUGGGCUGCUGUCAUCUUGUGUAGAUUCCGAAUUGCUGCCUGGGAUGGUUUGUCUUCCUUCCCUCCCUCGUGGGAGAGGGAUGCUAAUUUUCUGUUUAAAACUUAUACAGUGACGAUCCUUGUCUGCUACAAUUGUUCAUAAAGAACUUAUUAAAUUCAUGGAGAACAUAAGCUGAUUUGGUGCUUCUUAGUGUGAAAUCUGGCAUAUUACCAUUACUCUUUUCUAAGGCGUUCAUUCAGUAAAGAAAUUUCCCUUUUUCUUUUUGUCAUCUCAAACACGAGCUUGGUGUUUCAGAAAAGCAUGAAUUUUGUAAACUUUUUCUUUGGAUUUGUACCUCUAGUUUCCGGGUCGGACUCGGAUGUCUCUGUUGAACACAGACUAAAGUGCGUCAUUACUG